AGUCUAGCUCCAUAAUGGAGGGUGUCCUUUUCUCAGAAAGGCUCAUAACUCUAAAGAAAAAGAGUGUUGUUGUGGAGAAAUGAUGCCAGCAUGUAUAAGGUAAGCAGCUGUUUUUGUAUUUACUCUCAGUGAUUGAUGGGGUUAUAUAAGCGGAAAGAUCUUGAACUUCAAGCAGGAACCUGUGCAGUGAAGUGUGUUGGACCGGUCAGUAGAUGGCAGUGCCCAUCCAAUCAGAGGUGUCCAUGACAACAUCAAUCUUUCUCAGACACGUUUUACAGUCUGGAUGCAAUUGUUUGGUCCACUCUGAUGACCUAUGGCAUCACUUUACUUUACAUUAUGUUCUGUUUCAUAUCUCUGCACAGUGAGGUUAAUGCUAAUAUUAAGCAAUGGCAAAAAGAGUAGUAAUAUGUUCAGUGCUGGUAUGUGAUUGUAGUAAUAAAAUGUUCUUUCUACUCUAUAGAAUUCAGUAAAAUUCUAGUUUUUACUAAAAAUGUUGAUGUUGAAUGUAAGAAGAUUGAAGCUGAGGCCUAAAUUUACAGUGUAAAAAUACACUAUGCUUUAUAAAUAUGGUUGCAAAACAGCUUUGCACAAAAUAUAUUUUAGCACAAACUGCAGAGGGAAAAAAACUAUCAAACACGUGAAUCACGCGCCCAUAAACGGUCAUUUAUAUGUCCUUGUCUAUUUGUUCAUUGGAUGUUAAAGGGGUCAAAUGGCGUAAAUACGUGUUUUUCUGUGUCUUUGGUGCGUUAUAAGUUGCUCAUGCAUGUAUUAGACACUUAAAAUUGCACAAAUUUAAGUGUCGGAACAAAAGAUGCAUUCUAUCUAAAAGCGAAUGCGAACCCAGACCUGCCUGAAACGCCUCGUGUAACCACACCCCCACGCAUGUACGUCACUUUGUGGUAUGAUUUGACUAAGACCGCCCAAAUGUAUCCGCAAGUAAGGUGGGCGGUCUUGUAAAUCUCAUUGUACGGUCGCCGGCGCUGCCUGAUGUUCCGAAUAUGGUAAGAGGCGUUACGUUUCCGUGCAGUAUUCGACCAAUCACUACGCACUAGUGGCCUGGCCAAUCAUAGAACACCUCGCUUUUCAGAGCGAUGAGCUUUGUAAAAUAUCAGCGCGUUUCAGAGAGGCGGAGCAAAGAGGAGAUAUAAACAUGCACGGUAUGUGAAAAAUACUGCGUGUUUUAACCUUAAAUCGUGUAUAGACUUUGUAUUUCACCUAAAGCAAACAAUACUAUUCAAAUGACCCCUUUAGAUAAAUACCAGAUCCUUCGGUGGUGAACAAUAUUUACAGUUAGCUCUUUGUGAAUGUGUCCUAGACACAUGACUUUCCAUCGCAAACAUGUUGUUGUGGAGCAGGGAACAUGUGUAUCUCGAGUGGACAUUCGUGCCCCACCCCGGCCCAUAUAAUUAGCCCACCUCCUAGAACGCCCAUUGCCACAUACCCACGAGCUGUCCACGCGCUGCAGCCGAGUGCUCAUUGGCCGCAGUCGACGCGAGUAGCCCGGGCGUCCUAUGAGAGAGACGACCCUGGAGCGGUCCACGGGCGCAUGUGAGUGUCCUUCGCCGAUGCCCAUAUGUGUUUCUAACUCCCAUCAUCAGCAGAGCCGCGUCUAAACUAUAUAACCACCCUCUCUAACUCAGUGUUUACCGACAGAACAGAGUUACUAUUAAAUGACAAACACACAACAUUGAGAAUAAUAACAAUAAUACAGAUAACAACGUCGCUAGGUUUUGGUGAGCUUUACGCAGGACACUACAUUACAAAGGAAGCAGAAAAGGUGAAAUUGAACAACACUUUAAGUAGUUGUGUUCCAAUUAUCAUAAGUUAAAAGUUAAAAAUGGGCGUGCUGACCAAGAAACUCAAGACUCUCGAGGUUCGGCUGAAUGAUCCGAGCAAGCUCGUGUACGUCAGCGGAGAUAAAGUGGCCGGGAGGGUGAUAGUGGAGGUGUCGGAGGUGAUGCGCGUCUCCGCCGUCCGACUGUUCGGGAUCGGAUGCGCAAAAGUCGAUUAUACUAAAGGAAAGCAGCGCUGCAGAGAGGAGAUCGACUACCUGAAAUACGAAGAAGUUCUUCGUCUUGAUCAUCAGCAGACAGAAACAGACGGCUCUGUCACUCUGAGGCCUGGAAACAGAUAUGAAUUCAUGUUCGGAUUUGAGCUUCCACAGGCAGGGUGCUUAGUUUCCUCAUAUGAUGGGAAGUUUGGCUCAGUUCAGUACUACGUAAAAGCAGUCAUAGAUAAAUCAGGCCGGCCGUAUGCGGAAUGCAAGCAAAAGUUUCAGGUGGAGGAACCUAUUGAUGUGAACACCCAAGAACUGAUGCUUCCAAUUACAGGUGCAAAAGAGAAGAAAGUCACCUGCAUGUUUAUUCCCGAUGGCAGCGUUUCCUUGGCGGCCAGCAUUGACCGGAAGGGUUACUGCGAGGGAGAGGACAUUUGCAUCAAUGCUAAGUUUGAGAACACCUGCUCUCGGAUCAUCAUUCCUAAAGCUGCCAUCAUGGCCAAGCACAGAUAUCUAGCGAACGGCCGCACUAAAGUGUUUUAUGAGAAACUCACUUCGGUCAGGGGCGACCACAUUAUCUCCGGCAUGUGUGACAUAUGGCAGGGUCGAGUUCUCCAUGUGCCCAAGCUGAAGCCCACUAUCUUGGGCUGCCACAUCAUCCAUGUUGACUACACACUGAGGAUCUAUGCGCAUAUCCCAGGCAGCGAGAAGCUGAUCCUUGAGCUGCCUCUGGUCAUCGGGACGAUCCCCUACAAUGGCCUGAACAGUCGAACUAGCAGCAUGAGCAGUCAGGAUGGCAGUGUCAACUCCAGCACCUGCGUGUCCAUGCCGUCAUCUCCUCCCAGCUACAGCGAGAUCUCCCAGGACGACCACCUGGACAGUUCCUUCGCCCCACUCUUGGAAGAUUUCGACGAAGAUGACAGUCCUAUCUUCAUACGCAUGAACGGACACCAUCUACCCCCUCCUCCGGCGUACACUGAGGUGAAUUGAAACUCCUGCAGAACAAACACAGUUCCUGACGAAAAGAUUCUGAUCUCGGAAUACAGACGAACACUUUUACCCGGAGCUGCGGUCUAUGAAAUGCUGUGGCGCAGCAAAUUGCAGCUGUUUGCAAGUUGAUGGUCCUUAUGGAAGCUGUCACUUCUUGAAAAAAGAUUAUUCACAUCUUCAUGCACAUUAUUGCGAAUCCUCAGCAUCUGAGAGAGUUUGUGGAUUUGUGAGAAGUUUUGCCAUGUUGGUAUAAUAAUUUGUCUGCUGUUAUUGCUGUUCCAAAUUGGAAAGUGAGCGUAAAAGUGAAGUGUAUUUUGAAGAUGCUUAAUAACUGCAAACAGUUUUGUUAAAGUAAUAUUGAACGUUUAAUUAUUUUGAUAUUUGCAAUGCCUUAUAUCGCAAUUUGCAUGCACUGUAUUUCUGAUUUGAUUUUUAAAUCAGAGCAUUUAUGUAGAAUAAUGAAUCAAACAAUUAAUCAAAUCUAAAUUUGUUAUUUGAAUUUUAUAUUUUUGCAUUUUUUUAUUUUUGCCUUAUUUGAAGUCAAUGCAUUAUUUACUGCAUCAGUGUUAUAUAUAAUAGUGUUUGCAAUGCAUAAUACAAUAAAACCUUUGAAAAAAUCAAAAGC